AUGGAGUCCAUCUUCCACGAGAAACAAGAAGGCUCACUUUGUGCUCAACAUUGCUUGAAUAAUCUAUUGCAAGGAGAAUAUUUUAGCCCUGUGGAAUUAUCUUCAAUUGCACAUCAGCUAGAUGAAGAAGAGAGGAUGAGAAUGGCAGAAGGAGGAGUUACAAGUGAAGACUAUCGCACAUUUUUACAGCAGCCUUCUGGAAAUAUGGAUGACAGUGGUUUUUUCUCUAUUCAGGUUAUAAGCAAUGCCUUGAAAGUUUGGGGUUUAGAACUAAUUCUCUUCAACAGUCCGGAGUAUCAGAGGCUCAGGAUCGAUCCCAUAAAUGAAAGAUCAUUUAUAUGCAAUUACAAAGAACACUGGUUUACAGUUAGAAAAUUAGGGAAACAGUGGUUCAACUUGAAUUCUCUCUUGACGGGUCCAGAAUUAAUAUCAGACACAUACCUUGCACUUUUCCUAGCUCAAUUACAACAGGAAGGUUAUUCUAUAUUUGUUGUUAAGGGUGAUCUGCCAGAUUGUGAAGCUGACCAACUUCUACAGAUGAUCAGGGUCCAACAGAUGCAGAGACCAAAACUUAUUGGAGAAGAAUUAGCACAACUAAAAGAACAGAGAGUCCAGAAAACAGAUCUGGAACGAGUCUUAGAAGCAAACGAUGGAUCAGGCAUGUUAGAUGAAGAUGAGGAAGAUUUGCAGAGAGCUCUGGCACUAAGUCGCCAAGAAAUUGACAUGGAAGAUGAAGAAGCAGAUCUCCGCAGGGCUAUUCAGCUCAGUAUGCAAGGGAGUUCCAGAAGUAUAUCUCAAGAUACUCCACAGACAUCAGGUAUACAUCUUACUUCAGAAGAGCUACGGAAGAGAAGAGAAGCCUACUUUGAAAAGCGGCAGCAGCAACAACAGCAGCAGCAGCAGCAGCAACAGGAUCCACUAGGACAGCUCUCACAUCGUGUGAGAGGCCCACCACAAGUUCAGAAGCACUGGGUAGUGAUCCAGACAGUCACAGCUCCACUGGGACCUUUUCUUCUGCACCUUGAUAUUUCCUUUUCUCCAGUUGAGAAAAAUAGGAGAAGCACAGUAUGCAAUUAAUUCCUAGCCUUGCUCUGCAAAGGAUGGUCAGAAGACCAGUAGCCUCCUCCACAGCUUUUCAGAGAGGCCGAGCUUCAGGCCACACCUACGACUGGCUGGGAACCUGCGUUUUUACCAAGACCCCUAGGGAACUCACGUGCAAAUUCAAGUUUAGGAGGCAUUGUAUGGGCUGCAUGUGAUUAAUAAAAUGGGAGGGGGGCACUGAUAACUCCGUUCCAGCCAGCUGCUACCCAGCGCUUCAUUAUGACUGGAACCUCUCCUCUUGUCUAAGAUGCUAAGAAGUCCAAAUUUUUACUUGAAAUCUGAUUUUUAAAUGAUUGCUCAAUCGUUUUUAACCCCGAGGGCCAAACAAAGCACAUUGGUAACAA